AUGGAGACUCAAGAAGGAGCUGAACUCUGUUUCCCUCAUCUCGUCAACAAUUCCUGCAAGAAACCCAUGCUGCCUCAGUCUGAUGCCAUGCUCAUCUACAUUCUGCUGUCCAUCAUCUCUUUGCUCACUGCGGCUCUCAACCUGCUGGUUAUCAUCUCUAUCUCCCACUUCAGGCAGCUCCACAGCCCCACCAACCUGCUCAUCCUCUCCCUGGCUGUCUCAGACUUCCUCGUGGGCCUCCUGCUGAUGCCAAUAGAAAUCCUCUUAACAGAGGCUUGCUGGUACCUGGGGGACCGCAUGUGUGCUCUGUAUUAUGUUGUAGCUUUUAUCAUGACUUCUUCUUCGGUUGGAAAUAUGGUGCUCAUAUCAAUUGAUCGUUAUUUGGCUAUUUGUGAACCUCUACAUUACACCUCCAGAGUGACUCUGGACAAAACAAAAAUCUGUGUUUGUCUGUGUUGGAUUGGCUCUGUUCUCUAUAAUGGUAUAAAUUUAAAGGACUUUCUGAGACAACCUGAUUCACACAACUCCUGCUAUGGAGAGUGUGUAGUUGUCCUUAACUACAUCUCAGGAACUACUGACUUUGUCUUUACCUUUAUCGGCCCCAUUACUGUCAUCAUAUUUCUGUAUGUGAGAGUAUUUGUGGUGGCUGUGUCUCAGGCUCAAGCUAUGCGGUCCCAUGUUGCAGCUGUCACACUACAGCAUGCAAAGACAGUAACAGUUAAGAAGUCUGAGAUGAAAGCAGCCAGGACUCUUGGUGUUGUAGUAGUUGUGUUUCUAACAUGUUUCUGUCCAUAUUACUCUCCAGCCCUUGUCGGCCAGGAUAUUGAAGACAGUAGUUCAUCCUCAACGCUUGUAGUCUGGCUGCUGUAUUUUAACUCCUGUCUAAACCCUGUGAUCUAUGCCUUUUUCUACCCAUGGUUUAGAAAGUCUAUUAAACUCAUUGUGACACUGAAGAUACUGCAGCCUGACUCUUGUGAUACCAAAAUACUGUAG